AAAUUACAAAACCACAAGUAUUUCUGACAGCUCAUCAAAAAAUGUUAACCUAGCAACCAGUGCUUUUUUUCCCGAUUAUAUUAUAGUUGCUGUUCUUUACACAAACUGAUCCAUAGUGGUGAAAAAAUCGCUAUUAAAGCUAAAUUGUAACAAGAUGCCCUAUCUUUACGGAAUAGCGGAUACCAAGUUCCGGGUGAGUUCUUCAGUAGUUGUGAAGAAAAAGAAGCCCGAAUCUGGAAUUGCUGCCACAAAAUUUCGGCGCAACGACUUCCUUCGGGGAUGCCCCAAAUAUGACAAGGAAGAUGUGCCCAUACAAUUCCGUGCAUCACCGGAAUCCCUGGUGGAAUUGUGUUGCCUGGUAGUGGAUAAGUUGCCAUUGUCCUCGGUCUUUGAAUGGGAUGAUAUGGACAUCAGACGUUGGGUCAACAGUUAUGGCUAUCCGCAGUAUAUGAAUACCUUUCGAGUCAACAUGAUCACUGGCAGGAAGCUGCUAUUUCUAGAUGCCACUGCCCUGUGUGCGAUGAACAUUACGGACUUCGAACAUAUACGCCACUUGACCUAUGGUAUCCGGAUGCUGUUUCACUUCACCCUGACCAAGUUCUCGUCCAGCAUUUCGCUGCCGGACGAAAAGCCCAACGAGCUGUACAUGCUGUUCCAUACCCAGACCGGGGUGAACUACGACGCGGUGCGUCGGUCGGAUCUGUACCGCCGGAUGCAGCUGAUCCGUAAGCGACCUCUGAACCUCGACCAUUGGGAUCGUCUCUACUUGUGGCUGAGGCGCGAGAACGAGCGCAAUGAGAAGGAACUGAUCGGCUUGAUCCGGCGGGUCAAGAUGUACGAGUGCGACAAGCCGCAGGAGGAGCCGGCCCUCUUGGCACCGGAGGUGGGAGCGGAUGAUCUGAUGUGCCGCACCUGCAUUCCGCCGUGCGAUUGUGACUGGACGGAGCGGGACCUGCGGCUGCCGAGUCGCCUCAGCUGCCUGACCCCCAACCUGAACACCACCGUCAGCAAGUGGAACGCCAUGCAGAUGAACUGCAAGGAGUGUAUCCCGCCGUGCGAGUGCCGUUGGCCGCCACGUUACUACCUCACGGGUACGGUGAUCCGUUGCCUGCAGCAGCGCUUCCCGGAGAAGUUCUGCCCGAUAUUCGACGAACGGUUCCGGGCCUCCGCGCGUCCCAGUCUCGUGGAGCGUUGGACCCGAUUCUCCAUUUAAAACUAGGCACUCUUUGUUACAAUCCCCAUCUAUUUUGUAUUUUAAUAGAUCGGGACUUGCUCCUGACCCAUUUAAA